CAUGCAGUUGUGGAACAAAAGAUGGAGUUGGUUUUUAUUUUUAAAGAUACUGUCAAUGAUCUGAUACAACUAUAAAUAUUCACUUGGUGAAGAUGCAUGGACUUGUCUUUUGGUUGGACUAUUGGUCAUUUCUGAUAUUUUCUUCAGCCACAGUUUCCAUAUGAAAAUUCAAGUAUCAAAGAAUAUUGGAUUUAGAAUGGUAUAAUGAUGUAUUUUGUCUGAGGACUGCAACUUUCAUAGAGACCACAGUUGGAUUACAAUUAUAUUCUCCAAUCAAAGUGAUUCAUAUCAUUUAGUCCUUCUGUAAAUCUAAUUUUGAAGUUUUAUAUUUAUAAACAACAACGAAAGAUGGGAGAAAAAAAUGGUGAUGCAAAAACUUUCUGGAUGGAGCUGGAAGACGAUGGAAAAAUAGACUUCAUAUUUGAACAAGUGCAAAAUGUGCUGCAGUCACUGAAGCAAAAGAUCAAAGAUGGGUCAGCCACAAAUAAAGAAUAUAUCCAAGCAAUGAUUCUAGUGAAUGAGGCAACUAUAAGUAACAGUUCAACAUUGAUAAAGGGUCAUACGCCUGUGACUCAGAAUGAACAGGAAAACAAAUCAAAUGCGUUUCCUUCUACAUCGUAUGAAACCUCCUUUCCAGAAGACUAUACAUUUCUAUCUACAGAAAAUAAGGAAAUUCUCACUGUGGAAAAUAAAGUCGUAGAGUUUGGAGAAAAAGAAUCAUCUUACCAAUGUCAUGACUGUUCCUGUGCCUGUCUAAUGAAAAUGUCACCAACCUUCAAGGGAGAAAACCCUCUGCAGCUACCAGUGAAAUGUCACUUCCAAAGACGACACGCGAAGACAAACUCUCAUUCUUCAGCACUCCACGUGAGUUAUAAAACCCCUUGUGGAAGGAGUCUACGAAACGUGGAGGAAGUUUUUCGUUACCUGCUUGAGACAGAAUGUAACUUUUUAUUUACAGAUAACUUUUCUUUCAAUACCUAUGUUCAGUUGACUCGGAAUUACCCAAGGCAAGAAGAAAUUGUUUCUGAUGCAGAUAUUAGCAAUGGAGUGGAAUCGGUGCCUGUUUCUUUCUGUAAUGAAAUUGACAGUAGAAAGCUUCCACAGUUUAAGUACAGAAAGACUAUGUGGCCACGAGCAUAUUAUCUAAACAGCUUUUCCAACAUGUUUACUGAUUCAUGUGACUGUUCUGAGGGCUGCAUAGACAUAACAAAAUGUGCCUGUCUUCAACUGACAGCAAGGAAUGCCAAAACUUGUCCAUCAAGUAAUAAAAUAACCACUGGAUAUAAAUAUAAAAGACUACAGAGACAAAUACCUACUGGCAUUUAUGAAUGCAGCUUGUUGUGCAAGUGUAAUCGACAGAUGUGUCAAAACCGAGUUGUCCAACAUGGUCCUCAAGUGAGGCUACAGGUGUUCAAAACUGAGAAGAAGGGAUGGGGAGUACGCUGCCUAGACGACAUUGACAGAGGGACAUUUGUUUGCAUUUAUUCAGGAAGGUUACUAAGCAGAGCUAACACUGAGAGACCUAAUGCUAUCGAUGAAAAUGGGAAAGAAGAGAAUAUUAUGAAAAAUAUAUUUUCAAAAAAGAGGAAAAUAGAAGUGGCAUGUUCAGAUUGUGAGGUUGAAGUCAUCCCAUUAGAAUCGGAAACACAUUCUAGAAGUGCUGAAACUGAGGAAUGUCCACCUAAGUUCAGUAAUAAUCCAAAAGAGCCUAUGAUGGAAAUGGAGUAUAACAAUAUUUCAGGAAUUCACUAUCCUUCAGUUAUUAGAAGUCCUAAAUCCAAGACAGCCAUUUUUCAAUGCAAUGGAAAAAAGAUGGGAUUUGUGUCCUCAGAGUCUGUCACCUCAGAAGAUAAUGCCGGGCUUAAACCAACUCAAGAACAUCUGAAGGCCAAGGGAAUGCAAAAGGACUCACGUUCAAACCAGGUUGAAGAUUCUGAAGACAAUCUGCUGAUUGAAUCAGAUGUGAUAGAUAUAACUAAAUGCAGAGAAGAAACUCCACCAGGGGGCAGAUGUAACCAAGCAACCACGUUGGAUAAUCAGAAUAUUAAAAAGGAGUUUGAGGUUCAAAUACCAAAGCCCCAAGAGGAAAAAUCUCCAACGUGUCAAAAACAGCAGGUCUUUUGUGAUGAAGAGUUGUUGUGUGAAACCAAGAAUACUCCAUCUGAUUCUCUACCAAAAUUCAGUAAAGGGAAUGUGUUUUUACUGGAUGCCACAAAAGAAGGAAAUGUGGGCCGCUUCCUUAAUCAUAGUUGUUGCCCGAAUCUCUUGGUACAGAAUGUUUUUGUAGAAACCCAUGACAGGAAUUUUCCAUUGGUGGCGUUCUUCACCAACAGGUAUGUGAAAGCAAGAACAGAACUAACAUGGGAUUAUGGUUAUGAAGCUGGCACUGUGCCUGAGAAGGAAAUCCUCUGCCAAUGUGGGGUUAAUAAGUGUAGAAAAAAAAUAUUGUAAAUAUGUAACUAAUGCCUGUCCAUGAUAUUAGCUUAUCAGGCUGAAAUUACAGCCAUGCAAAGGAACUCUCAGUUAUAAGCGGAAUUCAUUUAAGUUGAGGUCCAUCAAGGUAAUUCUUCUCAGUUUCCCCUUAUCAGGAGGUUCAUACUUUUUUCUCUUUUUUUUUGACCGGUAAGGGGAUCACAACCCUUGGCACGGUGUGGUCCACA